CUUCUCCACAUCGCUGACAGCAUUGAACAGAUGGGGCCGGUGUGGACGUACUGGGCGUUUACAAUGGAGCGCUUUUGUGGGCGCGUGCAGCGCGCGAUACACAGCCGUAGGUUCCCUUGGGCGAACAUCGAUGUCCACCUUACCGCGAUGGCGCAAAUCAAUCAACUUAAGCUGCUUUACGGCCCAAAGAUCGCGCAGGAGCUGUCAUUGACGGCGCCACCGAAAGCGCGCGUUGAGGGAGAGUUCAGGCAUAUCAGAAGUGGAUGCAAGGAGUGA